AUUGAGCCCGCCCACGCUUCCGGAAGGGCAGCCUCGGUGUGUGGGUGCGCGAGUUCUCCGCGUGUGUGACUACAGGGCUCGUCCUCCGAAGUUGAGAGGUGCUGGCGUCGCGAGGCUGGAGCCCCAAACAUGGCAACGGUGGAAGAGAGCUUCCCCCGUGGGGGUACAAGAAAGACCCAUAAAUCAGAGAAAGCUUUCCAGCAGCCUGUUGAACAAGACAACUUAUUUGAUAUUUCUACUGAAGAAGAUUCCACCAAAAGGAAAAAGAGGCAGAAGGAGCCAGCAAAAACAAAAAAGCUGAAAAUUGACAAGAAAGAAAGCAGCAAGUCUGUAAGAGAAAAGUUUGAAAUCCUUGGUAUCGAGUCCCUGUGUGAGGGCAUGCGGCUUUUGGGUUGUGUGAAAGAGGUAAAUGAACUGGAACUGGUGAUUAGUCUCCCCAAUGGCCUGCAGGGGUUUGUGCAGGUGACUGAAAUCUGUGAUGCUUACACCAAAAAGCUGAAUGAGCAGGUGGCACAAGAAGAGCCUCUGAAGGACCUGGUCCUCUUGCCUGAACUCUUCUCGCCCGGGAUGCUGGUGAGAUGUGUCGUGAGCAAUCUCGGCAUCACAGAGAGUGGCAGAAAGAGUGUCAAACUAUCUCUGAACCCCAAAAAUGUCAACAAAGUGCUGAGUGCUGAGUCCUUGAAGCCCGGAAUGUUGCUCUCAGGCACUGUGUCCAGUCUGGAAGACCAUGGCUACCUAGUGGACAUUGGUGUUGGUGGGGCCAGAGCUUUUUUGCCAGUGCAGAAAACCCAGGAGUAUAUCAGACAAAAGAACAAAGGUGCUAAACUGAAGGUGGGUCAGUACCUGAACUGCAUCAUUGAAGAGGUGAAAGGCAAUGGAGGAGUUGUUAGUCUGUCUAUUGAUCAUUCAGAAGUUUCUACUGCCAUUGCUACCGAGGAGCAAAACUGGACCCUUAAUAACUUGCUACCAGGACUGGUGGUCAAAGCCCAGGUACAGAAGGUGACUCCACUUGGCCUUACGUUAAACUUCCUCUCAUUCUUUACUGGCCUGGUUGACUUUAUGCAUUUGGAUCCCAAGAAAGCUGGAACGUAUUUCUCAAAUCAAGUAGUCAAGGCCUGCAUCCUCUGUAUCCAUCCUCGGACCAGAGAUGUGCGACUGAGCCUGCGUCCCGCCUUCCUGCAGCCUGGGCGCCCACUCACCCGGCUCUCUUGCCAGCACCUGGGAGCUGUCCUGGAUGACAUUCCUGUCCAGGGCUUUUUCAGCAAGGCCGGGGCCACUUUCAGGUUGAAUGAUGGGUCUCUGGCCUAUGCCCGGCUCAGCCAUCUCUCCGAUUCAAAGAGCGCCUUCAAUCCUGAGGCCUUCAAGCCAGGGAACACUCACAAAUGUAGAAUCAUCGACUACAGCCCAAUGGAUGAACUGGUUUUGCUGUCUCUGCGGACGUCUAUUAUUGAAGCUCAGUACCUUAGCUAUCAUGACAUCAAACCUGGGGCAUUGGUAAAGGGCACAGUUAUGACCAUAAAGCCGUAUGGGAUUCUGGUGAAGGUGGGUGAGCACAUCAGGGGCCUGGUACCUCCCAUGCACCUGGCUGACAUCUUGAUGAAGAACCCAGAGAAGAAGUACCACAUUGGGGAUGAGGUCAUGUGCCGGGUUUUGCUUUGUGACCCUGAAGCCAAGAAGCUGAUGAUGACCCUGAAGAAAACCCUGGUUGAGUCCAAACUGCCUGCCAUUACCUGCUAUGCAGAUGCUAAGACUGGUCUGCAGACACAUGGCUUCAUCCUCAGGGUCAAGGACUAUGGCUGCGUUGUGAAGUUCUACAAUGACGUGCAGGGACUGGUGCCCAAGCAUGAGCUUAGUGCCGAGUAUGUCCCCGACCCAGAGAAGGUCUUUUACACUGGCCAGGUGGUGAAGGUUGUGGUGCUGAACUGUGAGCCAUCCAAAGAGAGGAUGCUCUUGUCUUUCAAGCUGUUGAGUGAUCCAAAGAAAGAGCGUGCGGGACACAGUCAGAAGAAAAGAAAAGCCGUUCACGCUGGGCAGUUGGUGGAUGUGAAGGUUUUAGAAAAGUCCAAAGAUGGGCUGGAGGUGGCUAUCCUGCCCCACAACAUCCCUGCUUUCCUCCCCACGUCUCAUCUGUCAGACCACGUCGCCAACGGCCCACUGCUGUAUCACUGGCUCCAGGCCGGUGACACUCUUCACAGAGUCCUGUGUCUGAGCCAGAGUGAGAGACAUGUUCUCCUUUGCAGGAAGCCAGCUUUGGUCUCCACAGUAGAGGGUGGUCAGGAUCCCAAGAGCUUCUCAGAAAUCCAUCCUGGAAUGCUGCUCAUUGGUUUUGUGAAGAACAUCAAGGACUAUGGUGUGUUCGUCCAGUUCCCCUCAGGUCUUAGUGGACUGGCCCCCAAAGCAAUCAUGAGUGACAAAUUUGUGACCUCCACUAGUGACCACUUUGUCGAAGGGCAGACGGUAGUUGCAAAGGUGACCAAUGUGGACGAGGAGAAGCAGCGGAUGCUGCUGUCUCUGCGGCUGUCGGACUGCUCCAUGGGGGACCUGGCCACCACCAGCCUCCUCCUCCUGAGCCAGUGCCUCGAGGAGCAGCAGGGCGUGCGCAGCCUCAUGAGAAACCGAGACUCUGUGUUGAUCCAGACGCUGGCUGAGAUGACCCCAGGGAUGGUCCUUGACUUAGAAGUGCAGGAGGUAUUGGAAGAUGGCUCUGUGGUAUUCAGUGAGGGCCCAGUGCCUGGCCUGGUCCUGAGAGCCAGCAAAUAUCAUCGAGCAGGGCAGGAGGUGCAAUCUGGGCAAAAAAAGAAGGUUGUGAUCUUACAUGUUGACAUGUUAAAGUUGGAAGUACAUGUUUCCCUGUACCACGAUUUGGUGAAUAGAAAAGCUAAAAAGCUAAGGAAAGGCAGUGAAUACCAGGCGAUCGUGCAGCACUUGGAGGAGUCUUUCGCCGUUGCCUCCUUGGUAGAGACUGGCCACCUGGCGGCUUUCUCCCUGACCUCUCACCUCAAUGACACCUUCCGCUUUGACUCGGAGAAGUUGCAGGUGGGACAGGGUGUCUCCCUCACCCUCAAGACCACAGAACCGGGCGUGACCGGUCUUCUUUUGGCUGUUGAGGGGCCAGCUGCUAAGAGGACCAUGAGACAGACCCGGAAGGACUCUGAGACGGUCGACGAGGACGAUGAAGUGGAUCCAGCAAUAGUUGUAGGGACUAUAAAGAAGCACACCCUGUCCAUUGGGGACAUGGUCACAGGGACUGUCAAGUCCAUUAAGCCCACCCAUGUGGUGGUGACCCUGGAAGACGGCAUCAUUGGCUGUAUUCAUGCCUCCCACAUUCUAGAUGAUGUUCCAGAGGGCACAUCUCCUACUGCCAAGCUGAAAGUUGGGAAGACGGUCACUGCCCGAGUGAUUGGCGGGCGAGACAUGAAGACAUUCAAGUUUCUUCCAAUAAGUCAUCCCAGAUUCAUUCGAACCAUCCCGGAGCUGAGUAUUCGGCCAAGUGAGCUGGAGAAGGGUGGUCACACUGCUCUCAACACUCACUCUGUUAGCCCCUUGGAGAAGAUUAAACAGUAUCAGACUGGUCAGACUGUGACUUGCUUCUUCAAGAAGUACAACGUGGUUAAGAAAUGGCUUGAGGUGGAGAUUGCUCCAGACAUCCGGGGGAGAGUUCCCAUGUUGCUCACUUCUCUCAGCUUCAAGGUUCUGAAACAUCCAGAUAAGAAGUUCCGGAUCGGCCAAGCCUUGAAGGCCACUGUGGUUGGCCGAGAUUCCUCCAAGGCCUUCUUGUGUCUCUCACUCAUAGGUCCUCACAAACUUGAGAAAGGGGAAGUGGCCAUGGGCCAAGUGGCAAAGGUGACUCCCAAGAAGGGGCUGACUGUCUCCUUCCCCUUGGGGAAGAUCGGAAGAGUCAGCAUAUUUCACUUGAGUGACUCCUACUCAGAGACGCCCCUGGAAGACUUCACCCUGCAGAAGAUUGUCAGGUGUUACGUCCUGUCCGCUGCAGGCCCUGUAUUGACUUUGUCGCUGCGAUCAUCCAGGACAAACCCGGAGACAAAAAGCAAAAUACCAGAUCCUGAGAUUAACUCCAUCCAGGACGUUGAGGAAGGGCAGCUCCUACGGGGCUACGUGAAGUCCGUCCAGCCGCACGGCAUCCUCUUCAGCCUUGGCCCUUCAGUUGUGGGUUUGGCCCAGUACCCGCAUGUCUCCCAGCACAGCUCACCCCAGAAAGCCCUUUAUAACAAAUACCUCCCCGAAGGGAAGCUGCUCACAGCCAAAGUCCUAAGCGUGAACCACCAGAACAACCUGGUAGAGCUGUCCUUCCUCCCCGGCGACACGGGGAAGCCGGACGUGCUUUCUGCCUCCCGGGGACUGCCACUUCCGAAGCAAGAGGGGCGGCAAAUAGAGGCAGAGGAGAGAGACCACAAAGGAGAAGAGAAGGAGCAGAAGAAGAACCAGAAAAAGAGAGAGAAGAGAAACCGGAAGGGGCAAGAGGAGCCGCCGCUGCCCAGCAAGGAGGAGAAGGAGCCCCAGGAAUCCCAAGCGCAGGAGCAGGGCAGGCGGCCACACCUGGAGUCUGGAAGCGAGCAGGAACGAGUGAACAAGAAGCAAAAGAAAGCCGCUCCGUCGGAGGAGGAUGACAGUGGUGUUGAAGUAUAUUAUCGGGAAGGAGAAGAAGAGAUAGAAGAGACACGUGUGCUGCCCAAGCAGAAGCCGACCAGGCCCGCAGAAGCACCCCGGCUGCAACUGUCUUCCAGCUUCGUUUGGGACGUGGGGCUGGACUCUCUGACCCCGGCCUUGCCACCUCGAGGAGAUAGCUCAGAUAGCGAGGAGGACGAGAAGCCACAACAAGCCACGCAGAAGAAAAGCAAGAAGGAAAGGGAGUUGGAGAAGCAGAAGGCGGAGAAAGAGCUGUCCCGCAUUGAGGAGGCGCUGAUGGAUCCCAGGCGACAGCCAGAGUCAGCAGAUGAUUUUGACCGACUGGUGCUGAGCUCCCCCAACAGCUCCAUCCUGUGGCUGCAGUACAUGGCCUUCCACCUGCAGGCCACGGAAAUCGAGAAGGCCCGGGCUGUGGCCGAGAGGGCGCUCAAGACCAUCUCCUUCAGAGAGGAGCAGGAGAAGCUGAACGUGUGGGUGGCACUGCUGAACCUAGAAAACAUGUAUGGCUCCCAGGAGUCACUGACCAAGGUCUUCGAGCGGGCCGUGCAGUACAGUGAGCCUCUCAAGGUCUUUCUCCAACUGGCUGACAUCUACACCAAGUCGGAGAAGUUCCAGGAAGCCAGUGAACUCUACAACCGGAUGCUGAAGCGUUUCCGGCAGGAGAAAACGGUGUGGAUCAAAUAUGGCGCCUUUCUUCUGCGCAGGGGCCAGGCAGGGGCCAGUCACCGUGUGAUGCAGCGAGCCCUUGAACGCCUGCCGAAUAAAGAGCAUGUGGAUGUAAUUGCCAAGUUUGCCCAGCUUGAGUUCCAGCUGGGGGAUGCAGAGCGGGCCAAAGCCAUUUUCGAGAACACGCUGAGCACCUACCCAAAGCGCACAGAUGUCUGGUCGGUCUACAUCGACAUGACCAUCAAGCAUGGCAGCCAGAAGGAAGUCCGGGACAUCUUCGAGCGGGUCAUUCACCUGAGUCUGGCCCCCAAACGAAUGAAAUUCUUCUUCAAGCGCUACCUGGACUAUGAGAAGCAACACGGCACCGAGAAGGACGUGCAGGCAGUGAAGGCAAAGGCCCUGGAAUACGUGGAGGCUAAGAGCUCCGUGUUGGAGGACUAGUGGCAGCUGCUGUCCUCAGACACCACUGUCCUCAGACAGCCAGUCAGCAGGGCCAGCCUGCCGAACCUCAGGCCCCUGGGCGGUUGAAAACUAUUGGGUUGUUGGAAAAGUCAUGAUGCAUUUUUGCAACGAAAAACAUAGAAAAAAUACAUUAUGACUUUUCCGACAACCCAAUAUAUUGCCUGAGGACUGUAUUUAAGUGCUGCUUUUUCUGCAGCACCUCUGGGGUAAUCCUGUUACAAUAAAAAUGAAUUUGCGAUUUCUUAUAA